CAUACAUGUUACAUCUGAGCUUCUGACACCGAAAAUAGUCUGGGCGGGCGGCGGUACCGCUGUAGGGCGGGAUGGCGCAGUGCGCGCCGCUCCGCCGUGUGAAUAGCCCGUAGGCCAGUAACUGGCGUAUUUUUCAAUCGGACCGUAAAGUAACAAAACCACCAAAAUGGACGCGAUUAAGAAGAAGAUGCAAGCGAUGAAGCUGGAGAAGGACAAUGCCAUGGACAAGGCAGAUACCUGCGAACAGCAGGCCAGAGACGCCAACCUUAGGGCUGAGAAGGUAAAUGAGGAAGUUCGCGAACUCCAGAAGAAGCUUCUCCAAGUUGAAGAAGAUCUGUCUCUUAACAAGAACAAGUUGGAACAGGCUAACAAAGAUCUUGAAGAGAAGGAAAAGCAGCUGACCGCUACCGAGGCGGAGGUGGCAGCCCUCAACAGGAAAGUCCAACAAAUUGAAGAAGACCUCGAGAAAUCCGAAGAAAGGUCCGGCACUGCCCAACAGAAACUCCUUGAGGCACAGCAGUCUGCUGAUGAGAACAACCGUAUGUGCAAAGUAUUGGAGAACAGAGCACAGCAAGAUGAGGAACGUAUGGACCAACUGACCAACCAACUGAAGGAAGCUCGUCUGCUUGCUGAGGAUGCUGACGGCAAAUCUGAUGAGGUAUCCCGUAAACUGGCCUUCGUUGAAGAUGAACUCGAAGUUGCUGAGGAUCGUGUCAAGUCUGGAGACGCCAAGAUCUCAGAACUUGAAGAAGAAUUAAAGGUCGUAGGAAACUCCCUGAAAUCUCUAGAAGUAUCAGAAGAGAAGGCCAACCAGCGCGUAGAAGAAUUUAAGAAGCAGCUCAAGACCCUGACCAUCAAGCUCAAGGAGGCUGAAGCUCGCGCCGAGUAUGCUGAGAAGACCGUCAAGAAACUCCAGAAGGAGGUCGACAGGCUCGAAGACUUAUUGUUCAACGAGAAGGAGAAAUACAAGGCGAUAUGCGAUGACCUGGACGGCACAUUCGCUGAGCUGACAGGAUACUAACAACCCUUAGCACUUAGCAUAAGAUACUACCGUCCAUUCAGCACAAAUCCAUCGUUAGAAAAUAAUUUAGGAAAUGUACCUCUAAAAUUUAUCCCUAGAAUAGAUUGGCGAGCAACGAUUUCAUCUAGUAUAUCUUUACAUGUUUUAAGAGCUUCAUCUUCCUAAACCUUUUCAUAUGUUUAAACGAUUAUCGUUCUUAAAAAAAACAUAACUUGAACAUAAUUGACAAAGAAUCGAUAAUCCUUUAAGCAUUACCCUACCCUGCUAUGUUUGUGACUAAUUAAUCUUUCGCUUUGCUGCUACCGUCGUGGACCAAAGCUUCAAAGGUACACAGUUUUAAUCUCUUAAAUCUGUUAUUUAAAUGUAAACUUAAAUUAUCAUAUUCAUCUUUUAAAUAUUCGCCUAAAUAAAACAAGUUAACUUUAACGACAUUAAUUUAUUAUAGCUAAUGUUUCAGAGUAGUAUUUUAAAUUUAUUUUUUCUGAGGGAUUCUAAUAGUUUUUAUUAUUGUAGAUGAGUUGGGCAUCAACAAGGACAGAUACAAGAGUUUGGCGGAUGAGAUGGACUCUACCUUCGCCGAAUUGGCC